AUGAUCAAGUGCAAGAAGAAUACCAAUAGUGCAAACGAGAACGAAUUGGAGCGUCUCCGAAAGAAGGUCACUCAAUUGACCGAUAUCAACAAACAACAAGCCCUCGAGCUUGAGAAUAUUCGUAAUGAGCGGGAUCAAUUGGACAGAGCCUAUCGCGAUAAAGUGAAACAAGUGGAGCAAUUGAGCGACGCUGUCAAAAAUCUUCAGGCCAAACUCACUUAUUCAAGACAAGAACUCCAUGAUGUUAAAGAGAAGGCAAGUUCAUGA